AUGUUGGCUCUCUGUGGCCGUUGCCUUCAAAGGGACGAAGAUGACUCACUGCAAAUGAAGGGAAAGGCAGGCGAGUACUGGAUCGUGCCGAUGCUGUCAAUCCUAUCACAGCUCUCAAAACCUGGUGAAGGUGAUGAGCGUGUCAUCCUGAAGCACUAUGUCUUGAUACGGGGGGAAGCGGCUACGAAGGAGAAGUUUUCGAGGUUCUAUGACCUGUUUGGUGACGUUAUCGAGCGACAUCGGGAUGUGGUAUCCAUUUUGGAGGAUAAUGAAGAAGGGAGAGCUGAGAUCGGAGAAGAGGUGGUCAAGUUGAUGGUACUGUCGUUAGAAAGAUCCCCAGAAGUUUCUUCACAGAUAUAUGACUUCCAGUAG